UUUCGUCUUUGUGCGUUCGGCUUGGCUAUAUCAGUCGCUUGCUCGCUGGUUGUUGGGCUUGCUGAUGCUUCUUCUUUUUGGGCGGUGUUGCGGUGCGCGGUGGAGUGGUUUGCGCGCUGUUGUUGGAUGGGAGUUGUAUGUGUGGUUUCCACUCGUACUCCAUAUGUACAUGGCAACCUUUUGCUCCUGCGCGGGCUAACGAGGACACGACUGUUAAGAGCGAAGUGGACGUGAAUGACUGGCUGGCAACGCUCUUUCACCUGCUGCUUGGGUGCAUGGCAUGCACUCAUCACUGGCGUAUAUUCAUUGUUCAACUAGGUAACCCCCGCAUACCCUUUACUCUACUUCGUAUGUACACAAGAAACACCCACACGCAUAACCCCUUUUCUUCUCACAAUACCACCACCAUCAUCAUCAUUUACAUACCUACCUCUAAAAAACCACCCCAAACCCUACCACUACCCUCAGCCAGCACCCCGUCUCCCCGCCGCCUCCCACCUCAACCCAACCCAACUCUACCAAGCCACCCCACAGCAGUACCGCGGAACCCUCGCGCCCCCUUUCCCGCCAUACUACUACUCUACCUACUCGUACUCGUACCACCUACCGCGCACCACUCCCGCCCCCGCGCCCGCUCGGCUCUCGGCCCAGCGUGCCCCCUCCCGCUACAUCACUACCCCGCGCCGAGUGCCCAGCCGGCGCGCCUCCGGGCGCUUUUCUUCCUCUCUCUUUCUCUCUACUCUACCAUUUAUUUCGGCCUCUCGGCACAAGCGCUUACGUUACAUGGGUUGCUAUGGCGCCGGCUCGCUCGCGCGCGAGUCGUGGAGGGAGGAGGCGUUUGGCGUUUGGCGUCUGGGGUCUGGGGUCUGGGGUUGGCGCUGGGGCUGGGGCUGGGGCUGGAUGGUCUGGGCUGUGUGCAGAGUACUCUAUGUGUGGUGGGGUGCUGGGCUGGGCUGAUCCUUCUGGGCAGAGGUGGCCGAGGGGAUGGGAUUGGGUGUGAGGAUGGGGAUGGUGAGACGGAGGGUGCUGGUGUAGUGGUUGUGGGAGGCUCUGGAGCGCGUGCGUGCGUGCGUGCGUGCAGCCAGCCUGGUGUGGCUGGAGGAAAAGUUUGAUGUUGCUACUGCUACACGCGCGCCUGCUGCAGCCGGAUAUGCGAGGCGAUGCGGUGCGAUGUGAUGGGAUGCGAUAUGCGGGAUUGGGGAUUAGGUGAGGUGAGACAUGCUCGCGGCGGGUUGGUG